UACAAUUUUGUUUUUCAAUAAUUCGUUUUAUUUUCUAAUUUUUUAAUCUCAGCAAAAUUUAGAUUUCGUUGAAAAUAACAUUAAAAUAAGCAAUCUGAUUAACUGAAAUUAAAACUUAUAUGUAUAUUAUUAUUAGUUGUUCUAUUGACCACAAGUGCGAUACGUUCAAAUAACUUGGGUUCCAUGGAACUGCGUAAAAGCGGAAAAUCGAUAAUUUAUUUUGCAUUGUGGGUGAGCUGGGGUGAGCUGACGUGUUGACGUACCUGUUGAUUUUUUCCUGAAGCAGGAAAAUCCACAGAUAUGGAACAAAUGGAAGAACCACAUGUGUCCCUAGAAGGUUUUAAACCGCUUACAAUUUUAAUGGAAAUCCUUGGAGCAGUGUUGAUAAUUAUGGUCGCUGUUUGGUGUGGUUACCAUAGAGGUGGUUUUUCUUGGAGAUCCAAUCCAGAUUUGGAAUUUAAUUGGCAUCCAUUAUUAAUGAUUAUUGGAUUUGUAUUUCUUUACGCGAAUGGUAUGUUACUGUAUAGAACUCAGAGAAAUGCUAGAAAAAGGCGACUAAAAUUAAUUCAUGGUGGUAUAAUGUUGUUUGUCGUCGUAUUGGUAGUAAUCGCUCUUGUGGCUGUGUUUGAUAGCCACAACUUAAAAGCAGAACCAAUUCCAAAUAUGUACAGCCUUCAUAGCUGGAUCGGUCUUACAAGUGUAAUUUUGUUUUGCUGCCAGUGGCUUGCUGGAUUUCUGUCUUUCCUUUACCCAGGCAUACAACUUCCAUUACGUGCUUCCUACAUGCCCAUUCAUGUAUACUUUGGUAUUGCAGGAUUUAUUGGUGUAAUCGCUUCUUGUCUUCUAGGACUUAAUGAAAAAGCUUUUUUCAUUUUGAAAAACGAUUAUUCAAAACUUGGAGAGGAAGCAGUAUUGAUCAAUGUAAUUGGGCUUCUACUUAUUCUUUUUGGUGGCGUGACAGUUUAUCUUGUGACACAAGAACGUUACAAACGGUUUCCUAAACCAGAAGAUGAAUCGUUGGUCAGUGGCAGAAGUCAAUAAAAGAUGAUCACGGUAUAUGAAAAAUUUGUUUCGUGUCCUGAAACAUGUAAGCAAACUUCUGGGUAUAUAUAAUACUUGUGUAAAAUUGUUCAUCUCCACAUAUUAUUUACAAAGCAUUCCAUUAACUUGGUGUAUCUACUUCUAAUCUCAGAUCUUUGUGUUUUAUGAUUUAUUUAUAAAAUGAACAAUGGAAUUAUUUUUUAUACUGUGUUAUUACAGAUUAGAUUUUUAUACUGCUUAUAAUUUUAGAAAAGUUUUGAAAAUAAUCUUGUAUACAGUCGAAUAUUUACUUUUAAAUUUCCACUGUUUUUAUACCUCUAUUGAUUACGGUGCUACAAUUACAGCUUUAAUUAUAAAAUACAAAGUUACUACUGUUUAAUAGUAUUAAGAAUCUCUAUUAAAUCUCCUGUUUUAUUAAUACUGACUAUUUUUGGUGCUAUUAAUGCAGUAUUUAAUACCACUGUUAAUUUGAACUAAUGUAUAUAAAGUUUAUUUUAUAUAUUACAUUUUAAGCUAUUAUUAUAUAAAAUACCGAGUUUUUAUUAUUAACAUUUGUUCAAAUCCGUGUGCGUUAUGUAGCGAAACUGUAUUAAUUGACAGAGAUUAAAACAUCUAUUAUAAUGUGGUUGCUAACAUGAAUGUAUUUAUGGAUAAAUAUAUAUAUAUAUAUCUAUGCACAUA